AACUAUUAUACCCAGAAUGCACCGCGGCUGGCGUCCUCCAAUAGAGUAGCUGCUCCGUCCACCAAUCAGAGCGCGGGAGCACCUUUCAAACUUCAGACAGGAAAACAGUGUUCGAGCCGAACGACAAGCCGAAGUGAGGUCCGCUUCAGAGGAGCGACAUCUGGACUUACAUCUGUAUUACCGAGGAGGGUGAAGCGAAACGGGACGAGGAUGUCGGAGCCCGCCGCUCUGAGUCGCUAUGAGCGGCUGACGGCAGAGCAGAUGGAUGAGCAGAGAGUCCAGAACAUAGUGUACCAGUAUCUCUGCAGGUUGGAGGAGGCCAAGAGGUGGAUGGAGGCUUGUCUAGGGGAGGAGCUUCCUGCCCCCACAGAGCUGGAGGAGGCCCUCAGAAACGGAGUGUUGCUCGCCAAACUGGGCCACCGCUUCGCCCCACAGGUAGUCCCUCUCAAGAAGAUUUACGACCUGGACCAGCAGCGCUACCAGGCCGCAGGUCUUCAGUUCCGCCACACUGACAACAUCAACCACUGGAGAGAAGCCAUGACGUCGCUGGGGCUGCCCACGAUUUUUCAACCGGAAACUACAGACGUGUACGACAAGAAGAACAUGCCGAGAGCUGUAUACUGCAUCCAUGCGCUCAGCUUGUACCUGUACCGCCUGGGUCUGGCUCCUCAGAUCGAUGACCUGUGUGGAAAGGUCAAGUUCACAGAGGAGGAGAUCAACAACAUGAAGCUGGAGUUGGAUAAAUACGGAAUCCAGCUUCCAGCAUUCAAUAAGAUUGGAGGGAUUCUGGCCAAUGAGCUGUCAGUGGACGAGGCAGCGGUCCACGCAGCUGUCAUUGCCAUCAACGAGGCGCUGGAUCGAGGUCAGAUCUCGGUCACCGCCAAGGCUCUGAGGAACCCCAAUGCUCUGCUGAGUGACCUGCAGGAGGCGCUGAUGAGCAUCUACCAGGAGAUGCUGCUUCAGGCGAAGAGGAGGAAGCUGGUGGUGUCCGCUGGACGAGGCGGCGUCUCAGAGGAGAAGGACAUCUAUGAGGAGUAUCUGACUCAGAAAGAGAUCCAGAGCAACAUCCACCUGGUCAACGUGAGGUCAGCAGUGGAGCAGGUGGAUGAAGCCCUGGACUCUGCAGAUGAAAUCUCACUGCUUGCUGCGCUGCAACUGCCUUGUCUGAAGAUCAGAGGCCUCCAGACCGACCAUGGCCCCUGGUACCUGGAGCAGCUGUCAACGGACCGGCAGCUGAAGGCUCUGGAACAUGGUUCUGUGGAUCCUCUGGAGCCGGAUGAGCUGCAGCAGUCUGUGAAGGCAGCCAACCAGGAGGCCCAGAGUGCCCGUAGCAUGGUAGCAGCCCUCGAGCGUGUGAAUGCCUCUCUGCAUGGCACCGAUGCCAGACAAACUCUCAGCUGCCUGAUGACCUCUGACCUCCAGCUGCCGCCGGUGUUUGCGUUUGCUGCGGCGCUUUAUCACAGGGAACUGCAGCAGCUGCAGAGACGGACCCCGCAGGGGGCGCUGCAGCAGGAGGAGCUCUUUGUUGCCGUCGAGAUGCUGUCGGCUGUGGCUCUCAUCAAUCAGGCAGUGGAGACCAGAAACCUGCAGCAGUUCAGCUCCUCGCUGGCCAGUCCAGCUGCUGGACUGUCUGAAGUGGACGAGUCGCUGCUGGACAGGUACUUCGAACGUCUCUCUGAGGUGAAGUCUGGAUCAGAUCUUCUGAGCUGGAACCAGCUACAGGAAGAGAUCAACUCAGUGAACUUGUCAGCACUGGACGAACAUCAGCAGAUCCUGGCUGUGAGCCGCAUCAAUGAGGUCUUGGUCCGAGGAGACCCUCGCAAGCUGCUGGCUGCACUGAUGCUGCCCUCUAGUGGCCUGGAAGAGGUGCAACCCGCCAACGCCAGCCGGUACCAUAGUCUGCUGACCCGGGCUCGGCAGCAGAAAAUCCAGCUGACCAGAGACCCGGGCGCCGAGCUCUGGUGGGCUGACAUCCAGCAGGAAGUCAAGCAAGCCAAUCAACAGAGUCAGAGGGCGCUGAAGAUGUGCCUGGCGGUGGCAGCAGUGAACCAAGCGGUGAAGGAGAACCGGGUGAAGCAGACUCUUCGAGUUUUGUCUCUGCCUGAGGUGGCGCUGCAGGGAGUCAUCCCACAAUGUGCUGCCCUGUACCAGCAGGAGCUCAGCGUCCUGGUCCAACUCAAGGCCCAGAGAGGGGACAACAAGAGUCCGUGGGUGCGGCUCCCGCUGGAGGACGGCUCCUUCUACUUCUUCCACCUGAACCGGCUGGAGGGCGUCUGGGACACACCUGCCGACUUCAUCCACAACAGCCUGUUCCUGGACCGGCAGCAGAUCCAAGAAGUCAUCAGCAACAUCUCAUCGUCGUACAGUCGCAGUGUCUUAUGGAAGGGCAGUGAAGCCCUCAUCACUCGUCUGCAGGCACUGUGUCGCGGCUGCCUGGUCAGACAGAAGCUGGAGGCUCGCCGCCGAUACCUGCGCAGCCACACAGACGCCGUUGUAGUCAUCCAGUCGCAGUGGCGGAGGUUUGUCCAGCAGAGGGCAUACAGGAGGCGGCUGCAGUUCCUCUACGGCAACUGGCGAGCGGCAGUGAAGAUCCAGUCAGUGGUGAGGAUGUGGUUGGCCCGGAGGAAGUACCAGGCCCGUCUGAGCUUCUUUAGACGCCACGUGGGCGCUGUGGUCAAGAUCCAAGCUUUCUUCCGAGCCAAUAAGGCCAGAGAGGAGUACCGGACCCUCGUGCACUCGGACAGACCCCCACUCUCUGUGGUCCGGAAGUUCCUUCACCUGCUGGAACUCGGCGAUGGUGACAUCAGAGGGGAGGCAGAGCUUCUGCGACUGAGAGAGGAAGUCGCCCGCAGUAUUCGCUUCAACCGACAGCUGGAGGCCGACCUGGAUCUGAUGGACCUGAAGAUCGGGCUGCUGGUCCGGAACAAGGCCACGCUCCAGGAAGUGGUGUCUCACUGCAAGAAGCUGACCAAGAAGAACAAGGAGCAGCUGUCAGGUAUGAUGGACGUGGAGAAGAGCAAAGGUCUGAAGGCUCUGAGCCGAGAGCGGAGGGAAAGGCUGGAGGCGUAUCAGCACCUCUUCUACCUGCUGCAGACGCAGCCCUCCUACCUGGCCCGGCUGAUCUUCCUGAUGCCUCAGAGUCGCUCCACUGCCUUUAUGGAGAUGUUGGUCUUCAGCCUCUUUAACUAUGGUGCAGGCCACCGUGAGGCCUUCCUGCUGCUGCAGCUCUUCACCCAGGCUCUGCAGCAUGAGAUCAGGUUGAAGGUCGACCAGCCACAGGAUGUGGUCACUGGAAACCCCACAGUCAUCAAGAUGCUGGUCAACUUCUACCGCCAUGCUCAUGGUCAGCACAUCUUGAAGGAGACUUUGGGUCCAGCUCUGUUGGAUGUCCUUCAGGACCGGACUCUGAGCAUCAGGACUGACCCGGUGGAGGUCUACAAGACCUGGAUUAACCAAACCGAGAGCCAGACCGGACACAAGAGCUCCCUGCCCUACGAGGUGUCUGCUGAGCAGGCGCUGUCUCACCCUGAAGUCCAGCGUCGCAUUGACAUUGCCAUCGUCACCCUGAAGAACCUGACGGAGCGAGUCUUCAAAGCCAUCACGUCCAACCUCCACAAGCUGCCAUACGGGUUCCGCUACACAGCGAAGGUUCUCCGGGACACACUGAGGACAAAGUUCCCAAAAGCCAGUGAGCAUGAGAUCUACAAGAUUGUGGGGAACCUGGUCUACUACCGCUACAUGAACCCGGCCGUGGUGGCGCCGGACGGUUUCGACGUGGUGGAGCGUUCUGCAGGUUCAGGUCUGCAGCCGGAGCAGCGCCACCUCCUGGGCUCCAUCGCUCGCACGUUGCAACAGGCUGCUGCAAACAAACACUUCCAUGGAGAUGGAGCUCACAUUGCUGCCCUCAACCAGUUCAUCAGCCACACGCACGGCAAGUUCCGGAAAUUCCUGCUGAGCGUGUGCGACGUUCCUGAACCCGAGGAGCGCUUCAGCGUGGACGAGUUCUCUGAGCUGCUCAUCGUGAACAAGCCCGUCAUCUACAUCUCCGUCAGCGAGCUGCUCAACACGCACAAGCUGCUGCUGGAGCAUCAGGAUGUUCUAAGUCCGGAGCCGUCUGACCCUCUGCGUCUUCUUCUGAGGGAUGUGGGCUCCGUUCCCACCCUGCAGGAUCUCCUCGGCACUGCAGCCAACACCGCAGCUUGUGAAGCAGGACUGGAGUCUCAGAGCGGGAAGACGGAGGUUUCUCUCAUGCUGACCAAUAAGUUUGAUAUUUUCAACUAUUCUGAGGAGCAGCCCGACGCCCGGGGACUGCUGCUCAGUACGAAGCAGCUGAUCAUCGACGUGGUCAGAACGCAGCCGGGUGACUCGCUGAGCGACGUGCUCCGAGCCUCCUCGUCACAUGACCAGGAAGCACGACAUGACUGGAUGAUGCAGCGGCGAGCGAAGCAGGACGCUCGCACGCCCGACAAGCUGAAGAGGAACCAGUCACUGGUGGCCGACGGCAACCUGAGUCUGGAGGAGAAGAAGAGGAAGAUCAUAAGAAGUCUUCGUCGCCUGGAGGCUCUCGGCGUGCUGCAGGCUCCUCACUCUCACACUCAGAUACUGCAGAUGGUCGUCAAGGACAUCCGGCAGCAACGCCUCCGACGGCAGCGGCGAGGGGCGGAGCUCGUGAAGCUCCGACAGACUCUCAGGCGCCUGCAGCUGAAGAGUGACUUCCACAGCGAGCAGGUGGACUACUACCGUCACUACAUCACUUCCUGUUUGGAGAACCUGACCGACAGUAAAUCCAACAACAAGAAAGCACCAGAGUCAAAGGGAAAGAAGAAGCUCCCGGCACUGAGCUACAGCGCUGCCCGGCUGCAGGAGAAGGGAGUUCUGCUGGAGAUCCAAGACCUGCCGUCCACACAGUUUAAAAACGUUGUGUUUGACAUUGUUCCUGCGGCGGAGAAAGGAACCUUCAACGUCAAAGCUCGCUUCCUCGGUGUAGAAAUGGAGGAGUUCCUCCUCAAGUAUCAGGACCUGCUGCAGCUGCAGUACGAGGGCGUGGCUGUGAUGAAGAUGUUCGACAAAGCUCGAGUCAAUGUCAACCUGCUCAUCUUCCUCCUCAACAAGAAGUUCUUCAAGAAAUGAUCCAAGUGACACUCCUUUCCUCUCCUCUAUGUUUCGAUCGUUCACAUUACGCAGAGUGAUGCAUCUCCUCCACUCCUAUCUUUGCUUGAUGACUGUUAUUUCUUUUCAAACGUUAAAAUGAAACACUAUCUAUUAUUCAGUUUCAGUCACAGUGAGACACCUCUAUUAUUCUAUCUUCCAAAUGUCUCACUGAGGAGUGAGAACUCUUCAGAGGUCACUCAAGCGUUGUGUACAUACUUCACUGUUUCUCUUGUUUGUGACUAACAUUUUAC